AAAAAUGAGUGGUGGAUUGGCACCAAGCAAAAGCACGGUGUAUGUGUCCAAUUUACCCUUUGCUUUGACAAACAACGAUCUAUACAGGAUAUUUUCAAAGUAUGGCAAAGUUGUCAAAGUUACUAUUAUGAAAGACAAAGACACCAGGAAGAGCAAAGGAGUUGCCUUUAUUUUGUUUUUGGAUAAAGAAUCUGCACAAAACUGUUCUCGGGCACUUAAUAACAAACAGUUGUUUGGAAGAGUAAUAAAAGCAAGUAUUGCCAUUGAUAAUGGAAGAGCAGCAGAAUUCAUUCGCAGGCGUAACUACUUUGAUAAGUCUAAGUGUUACGAAUGUGGGGAAGCAGGACACUUAAGUUAUGCUUGUCCUAAAAAUAUGCUAGGAGAGCGGGAGCCACCAAAAAAAAAAGAAAAGAAGAAGAGAAAGAAAAUGAUUGAGCCAGAAGAAAUUGAGGAGGAAGAAGAAAGUGAAGAGGAAGGAGAAGACCCUGCUCUAGAUAGCCUUAGCCAGGCCAUAGCUGUUCAGCAAGCCAAAAUUGAGGAAGAGCAACAAAGGUGGACACAGACUGCAGGGGAAUCUUCAAUUUCAGAUGAUUCGAAACGUCCACGGAUUAAGAAAAGUGCUUAUUUCAGUGACGAGGAAGAACUUAGUGAUUGAAAUAAUAGUUUUCUAUGCAUAUAUAAUAUAUAUAGUGUACAUUUUGUAAAGUGCUACAAAGUUAUCAGUAAUACAGGUUUGUCUUUGUGUUGAAGACACUUACGGAAAAUCAUGUGGUAGUUCUACUCU